AUGAAGCUUUGUCAGUCCAUCAUGGACAUGGAUAUGCCAGAUUAUGUCGACUCCUUGGACUCCUCUUAUACCAUGCUGGAAUUCGACAACCUCCGCGUGCUCCCCAAUAACACCGGGAGUUCUAACUGUCCCCGUUCUCUGCCCGCAGAGGCCAUCGCGGCCGAGUCAGCAAACACCAACCUGCUCCCCAACGGUGUCAACUCCCUGUGCUCCAUCUGUGGGGACAGGGCCACGGGCAAGCACUAUGGGGCCUCCAGCUGCGACGGCUGCAAAGGCUUCUUCAGGAGGAGCGUCCGCAAGAACCACGUCUACUCCUGCAGGUUCAACCGACAGUGUGUGAUAGACAAAGACAAGAGGAACCAGUGCAGGUACUGCAGGCUGAAGAAAUGCUUCAGAGCUGGCAUGAAGAAAGAAGCCGUGCAGAACGAGCGUGACAGGAUCAGCAUCCGCAGGAGCAGCUAUGAGGACAAUGGCUCUCUCUCCAUCAACAUCCUCACUCAGGCUGAGGCCAUGGCACAGCAGUAUUUAUCCCUGAGCCCCGUGCACAGCACAGACAUUGCCAUGAAGAAGAUUGCCACCAUCAACGACGUGUGUGAAUCCAUGAAACAGCAGCUCCUGGUGCUGGUGGAAUGGGCAAAAUACAUCCCAGCCUUUUGUGAGCUCCCCCUGGACGACCAGGUUGCCUUGCUCAGAGCCCACGCAGGGGAACAUCUGCUCCUCGGGGUGGCCAAGAGGUCCAUACCAUACACUGACUUCCUGCUGCUAGGAAAUGAUUUCAUCAUCCCAAUGCACUGCCCAGAGCUGGAAAUCGCUCGUGUGGCCACCAGAAUCUUGGACGAGCUGGUGAAGCCCCUGCGGGACAUCCAGAUCGAUGACAACGAGUACGCCUGCCUGAAAGCCAUCAUCUUCUUUGACCCAGACUGCAAAGGGCUGAGCGAGCCGGGCAAGGUGAAGAACAUGCGCUUCCAGGUGCAGGUGAACCUGGAGGAUUACAUCAACGACCGCCAGUACGACUCGCGCGGCCGCUUCAGCGACAUCCUGCUGCUGCUGCCGCCCCUGCAGAGCAUCACCUGGCAGAUGAUCGAGCAGGUGCAGUUUGUGAAGCUCUUCGGCGUGGCCAGGAUCGACAGCUUGCUGCAGGAGAUGCUGCUGGGAGGAACCUCUGCUGAUCUCCAGUACCAGUCAGCACCUCCCAACCUCAACCUGGAACCACUGCCAGGACACGUCCUGCAAAGCAACAUGACCUCUGUGAUCCACACUGCUCCAGACCCAUCUCCCGAGACAUCCCUUCCAUCUCCUUCUGCCAGCACAGGCAGUGAAGACUAUAAACUAGGCUCUAGCGCGGGGCCCAGCACCAUAGUGCAGCUGCUGCCUCAGACAGCGAUGCCCAAGCAGGAGAUUUUAUAGGCAGAGGAGGAAGGAGGAGCUGGGAGCAGUGUGGGAUCCGUGCUGACAGCGAACCGGGCCCUUUCUCUGUGCAGAGGCCAGGCACAGCACGGCCCUGCCCGCAGCCUUCCCCGCCCGUGAGCCGGGACAGGCACAGCCUGCCCAGGAGCCUCGCCACGGGAUUGCCCCCAGCAGCACCCCCGGAACAAGGACUGGGGUUGGUGCCCUCCUCAGCAGGGCCAGGACUGGCAGCUCUUCGGGUUUUGUGUUUGUGACCGUGGCUCGGGACCCUUCAUCAAUCCAGGGCCUCGCACGGCUCCUGGUAACCCUCACACAGCGUGGCCUGAAUUGGGAUCAAAAGGUCCAUUCCCAACACAAAUUUAAUUAGUUGCACUCCCAUUUCUCCUGUUAAGCUUUAGGAAAAAUAUCAUCAUCAUCAUCAUCAUCCUUAGAAGGCCAAGGCCUUAUUCCACCCAGAGGGGCCUGGUCCCUAUAGGGCAGCCAACGCUUAAUGCUGUCCAGUUCUUUUUUAUGAACAGAAGUGCCAACAUUUUGCUCUUUUCCAUAAUUUCCAGUAUAGCCAGAGUCCAUUUGUGAGCCAGUGGAUGGGUUUUACCUUGUGAGCACAUCUAGCAGCAAAGAUCUCUGCCCCUCACCAUGGCUGCUGCUCUGGCUGAUUUGGAUAAACCCCAAAUCAAGGCUGACUUAUCCCAAACCCUGCUUGUUAUCUCCUGCAAACUUUUACUGCAAACAUUUUUGGAAGAAGCAAAUGGCCCACAAUACCUUUUCCCAGUACACAGAUGUGAUUUUUCUAUAGUUUUGGGUUUCUUUCUAAUGUCUGCAAUGUGGCUCUAAAUUAGCCAAGAAAAGCAACAGGCAAGCCUGUGAGCCAUUUUUUAUCAAAAGGGUUUGUAUUUAAAACAAGGUGCUUCUGCCUCAAUGUAAAAUUUAAUCAGCAGUUCAACAACAAAUUGAAUAAGCCCAGUGGUGACUACACAGCCUCAAGAGUUCCCAAGGUGCUGUCGUUGUGCUAUGGAGUUGAUUUGAAUGAAUGGGACCUUAUUAAAAAGCAAAUUAUCAGAUUUCCACACAACCUAAGCUCAUUUGUGCACCAACCUCUGCCAAACAGCCACUGAGGGAUCAGGAGUGGCCGUCCUGAGCCCUGGACACGAUGGAGAAUUCCUGGUUCUCACCCUCUGCACAAAUUCCCCAGGCACCCCUCCCUGCUGAUGGCAAAGCCGAGCUGGUGGAGCCCAGAGGGGCUUUGGGGAGCACCUGGAGCUGCCCAGCUGGAGGAAACACAAUCCCAGCCACUGAAAGGGAGCCUGGGAGGAGCACCAGAGCUUCCAGCAGCAGGGGAAUUUCAGCACUGCCACUCUGCAGCACCAGAGAGAGCUGAAAGCCAUCAGAGAGCGGCUCGGGUUUCACCUGGAUCAGAAUGUUUUGUUUUUCUCCUGCCUCUGAUGAAUUUGAGCUGACGUUUUAUGCUGAUAGCCCUGAUUUGAAACAGCUCUAUCUGGAGAGCAGGUUCCACUGCAGGCAUUCCUGCUGCAUGACAGAUGCAACUGUUCUGAGCCAGCAUUGCUUCCAGUGCCUCCAGCAGCUCCAUUCCAUUCCUCUUCCAGACAUUAAAUGUACAUUUAUACUCAUUAAUGGUAAGAAAAUAAAUCUAUGGGGGAAAUAAAUUCCAUAUUCUCGUAUUUCAUCCGGAUAGUUUGCCUUUUUUCUUGAAUUCAAAACCAAGUUUCCAAGGUUCUCCACUGAUUUCUCCAAUACAGAUAUCUAUUUUUCAUUAAAAAGAAUCACCUCUGGCUGCAAAGCCUGGCUUCUACUGGAUACUGAUGGAAUUCAAAAACUAAGAAGAAAAUAAAAUUGUCCAUGCACCAAGGUGAAGGUUUGCAGCAACAAUAAUUUACUGUAUAAAGGCCCAAAAUAGAGUUUUGCUGUGAAUCUUUCUGGCUUCCCUAUCUCAAACCCCAUUCUAAUUAAACACACCUUGCAAAUGACUAUUUUAUUGCAAUGAUUUUGUUAACAAAAGAGAUUCAAAGCCAUCAUUUAAUAAUAUUUCCCUUGUCAGGUGCCAGCUACUUAUCAGAAUGGGGAACUUCAGGCAAGCAAAUCUUAAAUAUUUCUGAGUUAUCCCCUUCCUUGCCAAUUCUAAUAUUUGGCAUCUUUAACAUUGAAUGUGGCUCCAAUAUUAACUUUAUGCUGCACUAUAAUAUAUGGAGAAAUUGCAGAAGUAUUUUGGAGGUGCAAAGUUUUGUUUCUGUUAUUAAAAAGCAGCCUGUGCUUGCUUUGAUGCCUGUUGGAUAAUUUCCAGGGCUCUGGUUGGGGAUGACAGGAGUGAAGUGCAGGAAAAGAGCAGAUGUGUUACUGGAACACAGGCAGGAAAAGAAUUAAAAGCUAUUCAGAACACAAAAAAACAUGACUAAGUGAAAGAAGCAGAAUAAAAAAUUAACAAUCUCAUCAAUGAAGAAGCACCAACCACAUUAAAAUUAGAAUUGACCUGUAACCCUGUUCAGAAGUAAAAAAAUAAUAAAUAUAAAGAACCAAUGCUGGUGCAUUUCAUUUCAGUGUUAUUAACAGAUUCCAGAAUCAUUUUACAGCCCAAUUUAUGUAUUUCAAAACCCCUUAAGCUAUUUUCUUUCUCCAACAGUAUUGACCUGAAGCCAACAGAGAGAAGCAGAACAAUUAUAGAAAUUCAACAUUUCUGCACAGGACAGGCAUAAAGGAAUCCAUAAAUGAAUUCUUGCUAAGUCCAAGGCUUCAGAAAGGAUUUCUGGGACAAUACUGACAUUACUACUAGAAAUUAAACAAGAAAAUAAAAAGGAGAUAAAUUGGCAAGAUCCAUCUGCUGGGAUGUCUGUUCCCUUCAGAGAAUAAACAAACUGUUCCUUAAAAUACACAUAAACACAAUCAAAUCAUUAACCUGCUCCAAAAUACCAGCAGCACUGGCACAAAGUUUGUGUUCAUGGAUUUGGAGCUCUUUUCAGCAUAGAAACAUCAGAGUAGAGCAUGAUACAGACCCAGAAAAUAUCUCAAAGUGCUUUUUAGAAUUAUUGCAAGGGAGCUUUGAGUCUGCCCAUCCUUUCCUGCCAUUUGUUCCUCCUCCCCCUUGUUUCGGUGGACACUCCCAAGCUACUGCUCUCUCCAGGCUCAGAACUCUCUUUGCUCCAGAAGCUGCAGAAACAGAGGAAAAAUCCAACAUUUGCACAGAAAAACUGGAGACUCAAACCUGUAUUUAGCCCAAAUUCCUUGGAAGUGCAAAGGCUGGAACACUGAGGUGAGUUUUCAGAUUGGAAGUGUUUUCCCACUCACCUCAGACAAACUGGGUGGGAACAAUAUGAGCUUUAAGGUCCCUUCCCAUGUAAAUCACUCCAUGGUUCUGUAAUAAAAUAAGCAACUACACCAGAGAUGAAGGGAAUGCCCAAGAAGGGCUAACAGAAUGUAGCUUUAAAUUCUUAAUAAGCAGAGGAGCCUCUUUAAUUUGGAGCAGUAUCAC